AGUUUUGGUUCUGUAUUUGUACUGUAACUGUACAGGUUACUGACGGCGACAUCUCAUCUGAAACUUAGUUAUGCAGUUACUGAUUAAAUCCAGUCUUAGACUCUGGACUGCAGGGUUUAGGUUUGCUGACUCCAGCUUGUCCCUGAAAACCUAUUAGGUUGAGUUUAAAGGGUGUAACAGCUAUAAAAGAGAAGUUGAUGAUAAUGCACAGUCAUCCGAAGCUGAGAAGUCAUGUUUCACCUUUAAUAUUAGGUUUCGAACCGUUUGGUGAACAUGCGGUUAAUGCCAGCUGGGUGGCAGUACAGGAGCUGAAGAAACUGGGUUUAGGUGACGAUAUAAACCUUCACGUUGCUGAAGUUCCUGUGGAGUAUCAGGCGGUCCAGAAUCUUCUACCGUCUCUGUGGAAACAGCACCUCCCACAAUUAGUUGUCCAUGUUGGAGUUUCCGGGAUGGCCACCACAGUAACACUGGAACAGUGUGGUCAUAACCAGGGUUACAUGCGGCUUGACAACUGCAGGUUCUGUCCUGAGUCCCGCUGCUGUAUGGAGGGAGGGCCGGACUGCAUUCAUUCUGUCAUAGACAUGGACACGGUCUGUAAGAGAGUCAACUCCUCUGGGCUUGGGGUCUCCGUGUCUGUAUCGAAGGACGCUGGCAGGUAUCUGUGUGACUACACCUACUACACGUCACUGUUUCUGGGCGAGGGCAGAUCUGCGUUUGUACAUGUGCCUCCUCUGGGGAAGCCGUACAGCGCGGUGGAGCUCGCUCGUGCCCUCAGAGCUGUCGUCCUGGAGAUGCUUGAACUGAUGGAGCACAACAAGGGAAAGAAACACUGUCUGCACGACCUGUGAGAACGCGGGGCGAGUCUCAUACGCUCUUGUUUGGAUUCAAGAGUUCAUGCACAUGUGAAGACAUCAAUAUCUCAACUUGUGUGCUUCCUACAAGGAGCGUUCAGCUGCUUUGAGAAUCAACGUGCGUGCUAAACUCAAUGCUGUGGCUGAGCACAAAACAUUAGGAAAGCACUUUAAUGGGGUAUACUUGAAACAUGCAGAGAUGUUUGGUAUUAUGCAUAAAAUAGACGUCUUACUAAUGUGAAAACCAUGUCGAAACUAUGUAUUUCUUCAAAAAGGAUUUAUUUAAACAGUCAAGGCUGAACUAGUGUUGUCUCUCACCAUCUUGUUUUUAAUAUUCAUUAUUCAUCAGAUUAAGUGGCAACACAUUACAAUAAGGUUUAAUUUGCUAACAUUAACUAACAUGAACUAAGAAUGAACAAUACUUCUACAGCAUUUAUUAAUCUUAGUUAACUAAUACAUUUACUAAUAGAUUUUUAUCUCAAAUGUUGUAUCUGUUUACAUUAGUUAACACACUGUGAACUAACAUGAAAAAAGGUUAAUAAAUGCUGAAAAAAUAUAAUGCUUAUUGUUAGUUAACGCAUUAACUAAUGUUAACAAAAGAGACCUUAUUGUAAAGUGUUACAGUCUGUAGUAUUAAGCGUUUCAAACCAGGGUCAUUAUAGUUAAAAAAAAAAACACACACAAUUCAAAAUAUUAAUAAAAAACUAUAAUAGUAUCUCAAUGAUACUAAACUUCACUCUAUCAUCUGCAGCUUUCAAAUAUACCCCAAAUACAGAGAGUAUAAGUUUCACAGUUUAUAUUCUCACAGCAGGUGCAAAGGCUGGUUUAAAAUUAUGACAAAAUAAAAACAAUGGUCUGCCUGCUGGACAAUGAUAUCAAGACAUAAUAACUAUGUCUGUCUGGUUGUAUCUUUAGGAUACAAGCAUCAAACCUAACUGUACGAUCCAAAUGUGUUUUUCCACUAUUUUAUGUACACAUAAAGAUGCCUGAUGCCUUUUGAGUAAUCCAAGGUCUAAUGACAUCAGCGGUUUGGCUUUUGUUAAUUAUAUGAAAUGUGAAAUCGUAAGAUGAUUGUAAGGUGAUGUCUGUCUUCUCUCAGUGGACGUUCUUUGAGAUUUUCUCCUUGUAUUGCUUUCACACUCUUUGCAAAAUGCUGGAAUUUUGGACUUUGUAGAAUUUUGGUCCAAACAAAUGCUUAUAUUAUAUUAUAUUAUAUUAUAAUGGCUCAGUCCAUUAUAUGAUUUUAUAAAAUGUAAUUUGAAUUGCAUAUGACUUGGUUUUAAUUUUCUUUCUUUAGCUUGUAGCUUGUUUUUCUAAGGUUUUUACUGGAAUUUGAGUUUUUAAUUACAACAUAGUGCACCAAACAGAUUAUACUGUGAAUCGUCAUUAUUUUAAUGUUGCAUUUCCUUGUUUCCACUGAUCAGUUUUAUUGUAUUAAGUGUUCUGACAUCUGUUAAAGUGGCCAUUAUUAUGUAUACAUUAAUAUUCCCACAUUCUGGUGGACACUGUUUUGUUUUCUUUUUAUGUUUUUGUUUCUUUUUUUUUUUUCUUUUUUUUUUUUUACAAACUGUAGCUCUUAAUAAAUGAUUUCUGCCUUA